AAUAGAUUAAGACACGCUCAUCGAUUGGCAUUCAGCGUCUUGAAUCGGUACAAAGUGAACCGUAGCGUCGGCACAAUAAAAAUCUCACAAGAAUUCAAAACGUUAUAAACUACAUAAAACAAAUUAUAAACGUUACGCUCUUAAUCACACUUUUAAAAUAGUGUAGCGUGAAUAAAGUGCGUAUUGAAAGUAAAAGGAAACGAUAUCGAAAGUGAAACACUCGAUAAUUAAUAAAUAUAGUGGAAAUUGUGAAAGCUAACAAACGGAUUCAAGACAUUCUUCUCCAAAAACGGAUUUAAAACAAAAUGACUUCAACAAUUAGUAGCAUACUGCAAAGUUUACGCCUGAACUCAACACCUAAAAAACCCAACGGCACUUCGGCAAAUCCAGCGCUGCAUAAAACCUUCCCACAGGAACCCAGCAAUGGACUACUACCACGCGGCCUUGCCGAAAUCCCGCUAUCCGUGGUUGCGCAACAUGAUGACUACUCAGACUGUUGGAUUGUCAUUUACGAUCGCGUUUACGAUGUCACACAAUUUCUACGCGAUCAUCCCGGUGGCGAAGAUAUCAUAAUGGAGCAUGCAGGACGCGACGCUACUUUGGCUUUCCACGGCACUGGACACUCGCGAUCGGCGAUCGAACAGAUGAGCGAAUAUCUGAUCGGUGAAUUACCGACCAAGGAGCGCAUUUUCAGAAAUGGCAAUGCGAAAGUGCUGUCCAUUGGUGUGCCACAGUGAAAGUGGAGAGCGGGAGAAAGAGAGUGCGUAUUUGGAAAUCUGAUUACUCAAUGUACAUUCGCUCACAUGUGUGAUAAGCUUUAUGCUCACACGUACUGAUUGAUAUUAACACUUUGCACCCACAUGUUCCUACAUAAAAUUUGGUGUCGGCACUGCUGAUAACAGAUUUCAAUAGCUGGUGACAAACGAAACUUAUCUCUAUUGGCUUGAAAAAUAUGCGCAUCAAUGAAUCGUGAAUCGUGCGACCCGAUAGUAACUACUGGAGUGUCAGUAUAUUAAUUUCAGAUACAAUAAUUAUGCGAGUGAUUUGGUGUGGUGUGAUUUCAAAAGUUUAGACAUUCCUACGAACAUAGUAGGAGAUAUAUGUAAUUGUUUAUAUUAGUAUAUAUAAAAAUAUAAAUUGGUUCCUGCUAUUUACAAAUUGGCCUUUAAACAGUUCAAUACUGAAAAUUUUCGAAACUAUAUAUAAUCAAAGCACAGAUUGGCAUAGCAUAAAUGUACAUAAGUAUAUACAGAUUCCGUUCAAAACUGUAUGCUUGAUAACUUGACAGCUUUCUUUAAUACAAUUUCUGUUUUCAAUGUAUUAUUGUUUAUGCAUUUAUUAUUUCGUAAUGUACUUAAGUAUCAUAUAUGUAUAGAAAAUA